UAAAGGCCCAAAGAUUUGGCGGUAUAAUGUGAAAACCCUUCUUCCCCAAUUUUGAAAGAAGUGGCUAGUUUUGAGCCCUAGCUACUCAAAAAAUGGAUGAAUCGCAGGAUUCCGAAUCAGGCAGCCUCGAUCGACUGAGCGACUUACCCGAUGCCUUAAUUCUUGAGAUUCUUUCGUUGUUGUCGUCGUCGAUUCGUGAUGUAGUUAGGACUACUAUUCUCUCGAAACGUUGGAAAGAUCUCUGGACCACCGUCCCCCGCUUUGAUUUUGAUUUUUGUGAUGAAGAUCCAAACUUUAUCCGUGGGGCUCUUGCACAAUGGAAAGCCAUGGAAAAACAAGUGGAAGAGCUAACUGUAAAUUUGAAAUCAAGUAUGUCGAUAGAAUACUACGUACCUCACCAUUUGUAUUCAUGCUCGUCGAUUUCAAGGCUAUGCCUUUCUUAUUGUUCGGUGCAAAUCGAGGAGAAUGUGCAGUGGAAUCAACUCCGUAGCUUAACAUUGGAACAUGCGGAUUCGGUGAAGGUGAGUUCAGUCACCAUGAGCCAAAUCCUGUCGGCUGCUCCUCGCUUGGAGCAAUUGAUUUUGCGGCCUUUGGAAGUUACUGAAGACUUUUAUAUCGUAUCUACUAGUCUUAAGUUCCUCGAAAUAGGACAUGGUGAAUAUAAUCACUCUGUAGUUUAUGAAAUUUUGGGAAUUUGGGCUCCAAAUCUCUUGUUUCUUGAGUUUUCAGGUGAUGUUUAUGGUACUUGUUUUUUGGAUGUCCCGUCUUUGACUCGUGCGAGGCUUGAUUUUAUGGAUGAGCCGCCGCCUCUUGUAACGUUUGACCAUCUUCUUUGGAGCAUCCGCCAUGUUACGGACCUCACAUUAUCAGAUGUGGGCAUUCAGUUACUUGACGAGAUGGAGGAAGAUAUGUUUGUGCAGUUUUCGAAUGUUAAGUUUCUAAAAGUCACAACUUCUAGAGUCGAUAAAAUGCUUCAUGUUCUUGACAUGUUUCCUCAGCUGGUGAUUUUAUAUGCUCAACUCAAUGAGCUGGGGAGCUAUUAUGAUAGCAUGGAUCAAGAGUUUGAUGAGGCAAACGCGACGCUCUCUACUUCCUCUCUGCUCCAUCUAAAGACAGUUGAUAUUGAGUGGCAUCUAUGCGACGCCUUGAUACUUCCAUUCUUAAAAAUUAUUUUGGAAAAUGCUCGCGUGCUGGAGGAGAUUGUGUUUCGAUGGAAGGGAAAUCCAGAGAUGUUGCCUGGGUUGCCAGAUUUGUGGGAAUCCUACCAAACAACAGAUCUCAUCUUUAUCUAAUAUUGAUCAAUUGGCACUCGCUUUUGGUUUUAUGCAGUUGGUUUCUUAAUUGAUGUCUUGCUCAGUAUGCUUUAUUUGACAAUCUAUCUAUUCUUGUUUCGAUUCUUCUCUCUUUUGGUUUGUGGUUUA